AUGAAGGAGAACAUGGUCUCCGUGGGCUACAUCAAGCAGGAGAGCGUGGGUGAGACAGUUUCAUGCUUCUUGGACUAUGUCAUGCCUCCCAUUUUCAGCCUGCCAGCAUCUAUGAUCCCAGGCAACCGAGGGACCUUCACUCAGUGUGUGGUGGGCGACAACACUACUAAGAUUGAAGCCAUCAAGCAGGAUAAAGAAUCCCAAGCAGAAUCUAUGCUGAGAACCCAAUUCAAGAUGGAGCUCAUUGUUUACAGUCAAGAUGGCACAUACAGCCAGAGUCUGCAACAUGCAAAGGACAAGCAGGAAGAGGAGGAAGAUCAAUUUGUGGGUAUAGUAAUUUCCACAGGUCAUGAUGCCACUUUGCGUGAGAUGAGGUUGCACCUUGAGUCCUAUUACAUGAUUGCAAGCAAGCGUCUAGCUGACCAGAUCCCGAUGGUGAUCCGCUAUCUGCUGCUCCAGGAAGCAGCUUCGGAGCUGCAGAGGAACAUGUUGCAGUUACUGCAUGAUAGAGAAGAUAUAGACCACCUGCUUAAAGAAGACUUUGACAUGGGCCAAAAGCGGGAGAGCUUACUGAGGCGCCAGAAACGUCUGAUGAAGGCACGCAACCUCUUGCUUACCUUUUAGAAUUUACUUUUGUUU